AUGUCUAGUAAAAAACGUAACUUCAAAAGCAAAGAAUCGACAAUCACUUGUCACGUUUGCAAAAAAGUGAUGCUGGAGCAAAAUUUUUCAACGCACAUGAGAAAUAUCCAUAAUUCGAAUGAAACGCGGGAUAUUUCUCAAAGGUCAAUUGCUGCAAUGUUUCCAUCCGAAAAAAGACCUCGCGUAGAGCAAGCACUGAGUCCCAAUAUGGAGGCAGAAGAUGAGCAACUGGAUUCAUUCACGAGCUUAUCAUGUGGAGGUGAGGCCGCCAAAACUUUAGAGCUGGGAGAAAUCCAGGACCAGGGGCUGAACAUUUUCACUGAUGAUGGCUGCAAUAAAGAAAGCAGUGGAACUGAUGCGGAUGUGACAAGCAUUGCGAUUGAGGGCGUUUAUGAAAGCACAGCUGAAGAUCGACCGGAGUCAACAAAAACAGACAUAUUAGAAAAUGAAGUUGGCAACCUGAAGACUGAUUUAAGCCAUCUCACAAGUGCGGUUGAAUAUAUGAAAGCGGAAAUCAUUGAGUUGCAAAAAUCAAAAUUACCGAACUCUGUCGAGGUAACCGAGCAGCGUGGUUCAAACGUUCAACCUCGAGAAGCCACAGAGUCAGCCUGUGAUCAGUAUGAUGAUGACUCUGUCCUCUUAAAAUGUAAGGAUAUUGACGACAUAUUGGCAUACUUUCCCGAAAUGGAAUUGAUAAGAGAAGAUUUAACAAUAAUUUGCAGAGUGUGCAUUCCAAAAAACAAGAUGAGACUGGUUUGUCCUACUGGAAGUGCUUUACCUGCUGGGAUGUUUUCGGUUAGGGAAAGCAUGGAUAAGCGGGAUACGGACAGUAUGUCAAGGGCAUUCAGAAAUCUCAAGAUCAGUAUAUCUCGCCAUUUGAAGCGUGACGCACAUCAAAGCGCGCUAUCGCAAGACGAAAGUAUGACCAUCAAAAUGAAAAACGAGAGUAACCGGAACAAUGCCAUAGCCUUGCGAGUUGGCUGUGCUUGUUACAAAAUAUACUGCCGUGGACGACCGUAUACUGAUUAUGAAGGUGAAGUUUUUUUGCUGCACAGAUGUGGAGUUGAUGUAGGAGAUAUAAAUCAUUCCUAUAAGUUUCCGCAGAAAUUUCUGGAAUCUGUUGCUGAAGUUGUCAAAGAUAAUGUGAAAGAUUAUUUGAGAAAACCACUACCGCAAACCGGAUUUGCGCCUCCUGUUAAAGUGUUAGCAGACAAAGCAACAUACAAGCAUCGCACUCGACAGUUUGUUGGUUUGACUAGCGUAAUACCAGAUGCCGAUGACCUUCUACAAUAUAUGUUUCUGGGGCUACCAGUUGUGAAAAGUCACACUGGGGAAGGUGUCGGCCAAAGUAUUAUAUCCGUGCUGAAAGAGUUUGAGAUAUCGGCCGAGCAAUUUCAAGGUGGAUCCUUCGAUGGACAGUAUUUCCACCUUUCUGUUCCUGAGGUCCUAAAUACCCACUUUGGCACAGAAGGAAAAGACGCGUCUGUUCAUUAUGAUUAUGAUCCCAUGCACAAAGCUGGCUUGGUUGACACUCAUAUUCGAGAAGAUGAUAAUUUCAAGUUUCUAAAUAAGGUAACUGGAGUUGUUGCGGCUGUUUUCAAGAAUUUCAAUUGGGGGAAGAAUUACGAAGCACUUGCAGAUGCAUGUGAAUCCUUGGGGCAAGUGCUUGCAAAUCCAGCUAAGUAUAGCACUACUCGUUUUGCAAAUAGUGUCAGGAAAGUUUAUAUGAACUUUCGUAAGGAUUAUCGUGCAAUUGUACAGUGUCUCGAGAUGACAAAGACUGAAAAGAGAGACGGUGACUCGAAAGACAGGCAAAAGGCUGUUGAUGCAGAGAAAUUCAUGAAUUCCAUUUGCAAUGCCAAGUUCGUAUUGAGACUAUCUGGUAUAACUGACAUUUAUGAGAAGUAUGGAGAAUUGGUAAAUGUGGUACAGAAAGUCAACUCUCUUCCUCAUGAAAGAUUUGACACUUUUAUCCACGUUUGCAACAAGAUGAAGAAUAUGUCCGAAAGAAUGAAUCAUGAAAAAUGUGACGCGAAAUCCUGCUCUUGGCCUGUAUAUCAUGAUGAUAUAAAGCAAUUGGAUGAUACAGGUGAAUACAUGGGUGUACCAAUUGUUGAUGACCACGACGAAGAGGGGCCAAAUGUAACAAGGUCUUUAGCCAGACGAGCAAAUGCAAACAAAGCUGAAAACGUGCGAGAUAAUGUUUCAAAGCAAGUAUUGUUGCUCAUCACACGCUUGGAGAAAGAUUUACGCGAUCAAGUCUUCUCUCAGUCAGACAAAGAAAUGAUCGAGGAUACGAGGCUGAUUACUGAUUUGAAGACCACUGCAGUUAGAAUAAAGUUGAGAGGUGCCAUCCUUAUUUCGAAUAUCGAAAGAGCGAAGUAUAUAACGACGCUACGCAAAAUAAUCCCAUCCGUUAAAGAGGUUCCGGACGAGACCAUAAUUCUUCAAUUCGAGGAAUUUCUGGUACGGCUGGAGAAAGUUGUCAGAAACAAAAAGAAUGAUGAUCUCGACAGCAAAGAGCUUAUUAAGUUAUUUUUGCGCAGCGACAAAGAGUUGUACAAGGGAAUUGAGAUGAUUAUCCACUCUAUUUGUGUGUCCGCUGUGAAAAUUUCUGUGGAAUCAGUGAUUGAAUCAUUAACAUCAAAGUUUGAGAUUCACUUCAAUAAAUUUAGAAAUGUGAAUGAGGAUACCGCGUACAACGAAAUGAUGGUUAGCGUUAAUGGUCCUUCACAAGCCCAAUGUGACAAAGUUGUGAUGGCGGCUAUGAAACAGCACUUCAAAGGGCAGCAUGGCAUUCGCUUUGUAAGAAGAUCAAAUGACAUCAGUCUAUUUGCCACAGUGGGUGUAUCUGACAAUUCUAAGGUUGUAAACAGAAUGCUGCAAGAGAAGUCAAGACUGCCGUUCAUGCAGUAA